AUGGAAACUCAAACUCAAGUCGACACGCCGCCGGAUCACUUCCGAUGCCCAAUCUCGAUGGAGCUCAUGCGGGACCCUGUCACGAUCUCGACCGGCGUAACAUACGACCGUAAAAACAUCGAGAAGUGGUUCCACGAUUACCGUAAGAAAACUUGCCCAGCCACAAUGCUGCCCGUCCAAACCCCUGAAACCACCCCCAACCACACCCUCCGCUGCCUCAUCGACACGUGGCUCGCCACGCGCGCAUCCUCUUCGAGCCCCGAGCUGGCCCAAAUCCUCGAUGGGCUCCGCUCGUGCCCAUUCAGGGUGAGCUGGCUUCGGAAGCUUAGGUCAGCACUCGUGUCGUCAUCAUCAGGCGGCGGUGAUGAUAUCAUCGCGCAUGAGUUCGUGCGGUCGGGCGGUGUCAGGAUUCUUGCCGGGAUAAUCGGGCUGGCGUUCGAGGGUUGCGAUUUUUCGACUCUAAGGGCUUGCGAGGAGGCACUUGGGGUGCUCCACGUCAUCCCAUUCGAUGAUGUGGGUGGCGGAGAUGACGUGGCGAGUGCCGACUGUAUGGGCGGGUUGGCGGUGGUAUUGAGGAGGGGUAGUUCGGAAUCGAGGUUUUGGGCGAUUUCGAUACUUUUGAGGAUGUGGUCGGAUGAUAAUAACGGGCCGAGGGGGGCACAUUUAGCUCGCCAACAAGGCGAUAUCGAUGUCGAUUUUUUUAAGUCGUUGUUAGAGAUGGCUUCGGACGAGGUUUGUAGUCGAGCCAGCUCGUGUGCUUUGCAACUUCUCGUUCGCAUCCUACAGGAUUCCAAGAAAUCCAGAUUAAAAGCCAUUGAGGCCGGGGCCAUGUGUUCGUUAGUCGAGCUCUUGCCCGAGUCGAGCCGGUCGAGAUGCAAAAAGAUCCUAGAGCUGAUAAAGCUGAUGUGUGAGUGUGCAGACGGGCGACUGGCGCUGAUCGAGCACGGCUUGGGAUUAGCAGCAGUGUGCAAGAAAAUGGGUGACGUGUCGCAUGGGGCCACACGGGUCGCGGUUAAGAUACUGUUGCUUGUCUCGAGUUUCCACCCGACGGAGCGCGUUUUGGAAGAGAUGCUCGUCUGCGGGGCGGUUCAAAAAAUGCUGGCCUUGCUGCAGGCGGCCGGAGGUAGAGGUGGGAGAACGAAGGAAAGGGUGGUGAGGAUACUGAGGAUGCACGCCGGAGCUUGGCGUCGGUACCCUUGUUUUCCGGCGGUGGAGUUAAGGGGUUAUCUGGGGUUAGGGAAUGAUUCUUGA